UACUUAUAACCAUUUUGUGCAGUCUGGCAACAUUGCACAAAAUAUGGCGUAAAUAUUGACACAAUAUAGAGAUUUUAUUACAGUUUGUAAAUGUUUUCUAGUGUGAUUCUAUCGACCAUCCGCGAUUUUUUUCUCCUUGAAUAUGCUUUAUUUAUGUGUACUUUAAGGGAAAAUUGAAAAGAACGCCCAAAUCCGCCAGAUAUAACGUGCACCUUCACCCAAGGCUUAUAUAUUCAGAUCAACAUUGUGGUGGAUCUUAGGUUAGGUCGUCUCGCCCAUCUAUCGUCUCUCAUUAACGUUGAAGCAUGCGCAGAAAGAGAAACGCAAUUGGUAUGACACCGGACUUCGAUAUGCAAGUAAAGGAAGAAAUUACAAUUGAAGAACAAGACUUAUCUGCACUGGUAAAAAUUGAAGACGAAGCUACAUGUGAUCUAAGUAGCUGCGAAACCACAUCUGAACAGGCUGCGAAUGCUGCUCAAAUAAAUCAACACUCCUGUAAUAUUUGCUCGACAAGUUUUAUAAAUAAGUCAAAUUUACAUAUUCAUUUAAAUAAGUGUCACGCAGGCAGUGGGGGUUUCCAAUGCAAUAUUUGCGGUUUAAAGUAUAAACAAAGAAGGUACCUACAGGCUCAUCAAAAGAGACACACGAAAAAUAAACAGUACACUUGUCAAAUUUGUAGUAAAACUUUAUUAUACUCAAAUUUAGAUGACCAUUUGAAAUCCCAUUCAGACGCUCUCCUUUAUGCAUGUGAUUUUUGCGAUUUUACAUCCAAGUUAAAAUCUGACCUAACUGAGCAUCGAAAUUUUCAUACUGAUGCAAAUCAAUACACGUGCUAUAUUUGUAACAAAACAUUUGCUUUAAAAGAAUAUCUUAAAGCUCAUUUGACAACUCAUUCAGACAAACGCCCUUUUAAAUGUGAUUUUUGCAAUUCAUGUUUCAAAAGAAAAGGAGAUUUAAAUGUUCACCGAAACAAGCAUACAAAAGAAAAACAGUACAACUGUAAAAUUUGUAACAAAACGUUAUUUUAUCCAACCACGUUGAAAAAUCAUUUGACCUCUCACUCAGAUCAACAGGCAUUUCAAUGCGACUAUUGCAAUGCAACAUUUCAAUCAAAAAGCUGCUUAAACGUCCAUAGAAACAAGCAUACGAUGGAAAACGAGUACAAGUGUAAGAUUUGUAAUAAAAUUUUCUAUUUUGCAAAUCACUUGCGUCUGCAUUUGAAAUCGCAUUCAGACAAACGCCCUUUUAAAUGUAAUAUUUGCAAUUUGGAUUUCAAAAGAAAAUGUCAUUUAAAUUCUCACCGAAACAAACAUACAAAGGAAAAACAGUUUAACUGUAAAAUUUGUAAUAAAAAGUUUUUAUAUCAACAAAAUUUUCAAAGGCAUUUAAACUCUCACUCAGGACAACGGGCAUUUCAAUGCGACUAUUGCAAUUCAACAUUUGGAACUGAAUUUUCUUUAAACCGACAUACUAAUAUCAAACAUUUCGUUCAGCCAAUUAAAGAAGAAACAAAUUGAACAAAAAAAUAAAAUCAAUAUAAAAAAUAUAUAAAUAAUGAAGGGUUUGCAUUUCACUUGGAUUCUAGUUGAUAGAUCUAGUUAUUAUUAAGAAAAAAUUUUGAUUCUGAAAACAAGUUUACAUAUUAACAUAUUCUAUAAGCAAGUAAUAAUAUAAACAAACAUAUAUAUACAUAUUUAAAUAGAUAUUUUAACUUGAAAUCCCGUUUAUUGCACUGUCGAAAAAUCCAGCAGGAGGCUUCUGUUUCCUAUUAUUCAUGGUUGUUGUUUGUGCCUUGUCGCGAGAGGCACACAGCAAAAUUAUUUCAUAAUAAUAAUUUCCUGAUGCCUGUUAAUCCUUUAACUAGUGCAACUGUUUUUACAUAAAUACAACGAAUUUUAACACAAAAACAUAUACAUGGAUGUCGUCAUUAUAAGAAUUCAAUUUAUAAUUUUGAACAGGAGCUGAAUUUCAUUUUUUACCCAUUUUUCAACACCUGCACUUGUUAGUUUUUUAUUCAUUUCUUAUUUAUUAAUUUCUUUUUUUUAUUCAUUUCUUAUUUCUUUAUUAUUCAACUUCUCACGUAAUUCAAGUAUUUCGUUCGUUUUAACCGUGACCUCAAUUGUUCGAUUAGUUUUCCUAACAAAGCAUGGAAAUGGCUGAUCUGAUUCAGGUUUAGAAAUGGUUUGUUGAUACUACGGCAUCUCAUGCUGCCAAUUCUUAUAAUUGAUGUUUACUUUGACAAACUACUUCACCAACUGUGUUUAGUUGUGAAAUUAUACCAGUUUCGUUUUUA